AUGUCUUAUCAGACGCGGCCGCAAUACCCCAAGUCAGAAGAGACGUACGAUCUCGCCAACUCUACGCGCUACAGCCAUGUCGUCGACGGCGGGCAACCCUAUGCAGCAGCCAGAUUCUCGAGGUUCAAUCCGCUGGGAUGGCGGCGGCGGACACAGAUCAUUGCCGGCGUUGCUGUCGUCGUGGUGAUCAUCGCCGUUAUCGUUGGUGCCUACGAGGGCUGGAAAGCGAAUCGAUACCCGGAUUACUCCGCUCUCAACUACUCCCUGAAGGACACUUAUUCGGGCGAAAAGUUUUUUGAUAAUUUCUAUUACUGGUCAGCUGCGGAUCCGACGGCUGGUUUUGUUGUAGGGGAAUAUAUAUCCCGAGUUCCCUUCGAUCUAACGCCGAUUAGGUAUAUAGCAGAGGCCAACGCGAAGUGGUCGAAUCUGACCUAUGCGACCAGUGAGUCGGCCAUAAUCAAGGUCGACACUAGCUACCCCAAUACCGUUGGUGGCCGCAACUCCGUCCGCAUCCAGUCUAACAAUACCUACAAUGAUGGAUUGUUCAUUUUCGACAUUCUGCAUACGCCCUAUGGUUGCGGUACAUGGCCAGCCCUGUGGCUGUCUGAUUCAAGCAAUUGGCCCACAAACGGCGAAAUUGAUAUCGUCGAGGCUGUGAACAAUGGAACCUGGGGAAACAGCAUGACACUGCAUACGACCGACGAUUGUAGCAUGAGCGUGAAGCGCAAGGAGUCGGGCAGCGUUACGUCAACGAACUGCUACAACGGCACCAACUCGAAUGAGGGUUGCGGUGUCUCCGGUACGACGGCAUCGUACGGGCCAGAAUUCAACCAGAACGGCGGCGGGGUUUAUGCUACUGAACUCCGGGAUGCUGGCAUUCGUAUCUGGUGGUUUCCUCGCAACUCCAUUCCGUCCGAUAUCACCAACGGCAGUCCAGACCCUUCGAAAUGGGGCGAAGCCACAGCCGACUUCCCCAGCACCGACUGCAGCAUCUCCUCACAUUUCAAGAACCAGAGCAUCAUUGCAAAUAUUGACUUGUGUGGGUCGCUGGCAGGGUCAACCGCCCGUUAUACCGACCAAGCCGAAUGUCCUAGUAAUUGCACAAGCUAUGUUGCGCAAAACCCGAGUGCGUUCACGGAAGCGUAUUGGGAGUUCAAGAGCUUCAAAGUUUACCAAGCUUCUUAGUCUGUUAUGUUAUGCCUGCAAGAAAUGUUGUUGACGAUCAGGGUCUUUUUAUUCAUAUGAAGUUACGGGAUAUAGAUAAUAGAAUUACGGGAUCAACCUAUUGUUUCAACAUCGCCACCACAAACCAAUAAUAAGCCAAUGAGCCGAAUGGGGAAUACUCCACAUCGUUCCAGGUCUUUCACAAAUGUAAUGGUGGCGGUGGUGGCGGCGUCGCUGCUUACCUCAACUAUAGUAGUAAAUGCUCUAUAGAUAGUAAAUGUGGUGGCAUUACAUUACUGCUAUCUACCCGAUCUCUUGGGAUUCGUUUUCCAUAACCAAGACAUCCAUCUAGUUGCCAUGGUUCAGCCAGAAAGAGAAACGGGGUUGAAUCAUAAUUAAUAUUUCUUAAAUAGGGGCAAACAUGAUGUCAAACUCUAUCAUACUCUAUCAUAAGGCGAGGAUCAGUACUGCCAAAGGGUAUAUAAGUAGCAUAAAGAUUUAAAGA